GGUCGACCCAAUCUAUUACCGGAAACGGGCUCGAAUCUUCAUUUGCGCAUGCGCAUUCCGCGCUCUUCCUUUCCGACACUCGAGCGAAAAGAGACAAGAUGGGCCACCAACAGCUCUAUUGGAGUCACCCCAGAAAAUUUGGACAGGGUUCACGCUCCUGCCGAGUUUGCUCGAACAGACACGGUCUGAUCCGUAAAUACGGACUCAACAUGUGCCGCCAGUGCUUCAGGCAGUACGCCAAGGACAUCGGCUUCGUUAAGCUGGAUUAAAUGUCACGUUCAGAGAUGUCCGCCAAAUGUUAUCUGGAAGGCUGGAUGAUGGGAUGCAAAUAAAUGUUUUUCUCUAUUGGAAUGCUUUAUUUUCAAUUGUGAGAAUGACAUGUUUGUGAAUUAAACGUGAAACAUCAA